AUGUCUGGAGGACUUGUGUUUGGCGUGGUAGGUGGAUUUGACAAAGGAGCUUGCUCAAACACAUUUGAUGAUCCCAGGCUGGACUCCACUUUGUCCACGAUGAAAGCUUACGUCUGCAUUGAGACCCUCACCAGUGUCAGUUAUUCACAAUCACUCACUGAGAUGGAGAGGUCAAGAGUUGCUCUCAUUGUGCUUAUGUUUUUACUCUUACAUCAGACAAGAAUCUAUGGAGAAGAAGUUGAGAUGAAAGUCAGACCAGGAGACAACAUCACUCUCUACUGUGAUCGCUCUCUAACUUCUGGUCUAGGCAUUUUAUGGAUAAGAAACUGCUCUCAUGAAAAUCAACCCUCUCUCAUAAUAGAUUUUAGGCAAUGGGAACUGAAGAUAUUUCAGCGUUUCAGCUCUAUCUACAACCGCUACAGUAAUUCUAAUGAUCUACAUAUUUCCAACAUCAGUGACUCUGAUCUGGGACUGUACUACUGUGCAGAACUAGAGAGAAGGGUAAACAAAGAUGACAAAGGCAUCAUCUCCUCAUCAGAAGUGUACUAUUAUGGAAACCGAACAACUCGUCUCUCUCUAGAAGAACAAGUGACUUCCUGUUCUGAACCCUCCGCUCCUCCUGACUGUGUGCUCUGCUGGACGCUGCUGUUCAGUGUGUGUCCGGUGUGUGUUCUCCUCUCUUCACUCCUGUCCUCCGUCUGUGUGUUCUGCUUCUGUCGGGCUCAAACUACAGGUUCUGAUUGGAGUGCAGAGAUGCUCACAGCGGAUGUUAAUAAGUGGGAUCCUAUGGAGAAUCAUCAGUGUGAGAUGAGUAAGACUGGAAAGAUCUGCCUUCACACUGAAGUCUCUUAUAGACUAUUGACCUCUGCCUAUCCCUAUGCCAAGAUGUGA